GCGGGGAGGAGCCGCGUCGCGUCUUCCCGCUGGCGGCGCGCGUCCGCCCGGCCCCGCGGCGGCGGCGGUGGCUGCGCGUCACGCUCUCCUCCGCCCCGAGCGGACGAGCCGGGAGGCGGCGGCCGGGCGGCCACUGCUGCAGUGAGGCAGGUGGCGGCGACCGGCGGCGUCCGAGGCGAUUUCAUCCAGAGGCUGGCUUUGCUAUAGAAAUACCCACAGUCGCAUCGAUGGUUGGGGAAAGAUAGUGACCAGAAGCAGAGAGAAGCAGCUCCGACAUCCCAGGAAAUGAGCAUGCUGAAGCCGAGCGGGCUGAAGGCCCCUUCCAAGAUCCUCAAGCCGGGCAGCACAGCCCUGAAGGCCCCUGCCGCGGUUGCAGCUCCAACAGAAAAAACAGUAUCUACUGAAAAAGCAUCAAGUGCCCCACCCUCUGAGGCCCAGGAGGAAUUUAUCGAUGACUUCCGUGUUGGCGAGCGUGUUUGGGUGAAUGGCAAUAAGCCUGGAUUUAUUCAGUUUCUUGGAGAGACCCAGUUUGCACCAGGCCAGUGGGCUGGGAUUGUUUUAGAUGAACCCAUAGGCAAGAACGACGGUUCAGUAGCAGGAGUGCGUUAUUUCCAGUGUGAACCACUCAAGGGCAUUUUUACCCGACCGUCCAAGUUAACAAGGAAAGUGCAAGCAGAAGAUGAAGCCAACGGCCUGCAGCCGCCACCGGCCUCCAGAGCCACGUCACCCCUUUCCGCCCCUGCAGCCUGCGUGGCGGCGUCCUCCCUAGCCACACCUGCAAAUGGUUCCCGUAAGUCACCCCAGCCAACAGCCAAGGAACCUGCAGCCACGUCCCAGGCCACGUCCCAGGUCAGCAACCUUACAAAAACCGCCAGCGAGUCCAUCUCCAACCUCUCAGAAGCUGGGUCAAUCAAGAAGGGAGAGAGAGAGCUCAGAAUCGGAGACAGAGUGUUGGUCGGGGGCACCAAGGCUGGCGUAGUCCGGUUCCUUGGGGAGACAGACUUUGCCAAGGGGGAAUGGUGCGGCGUGGAGCUGGACGAGCCCCUCGGGAAGAACGAUGGUGCGGUGGCCGGGACGAGGUACUUUCAGUGUCAAGCCAAAUACGGCUUGUUCGCACCCGUCCACAAAGUGACCAAGAUUGGCUUCCCUUCCACCACACCAGCCAAGGCCAAGGCUGCUGCGGUGCGGCGAGUGAUGGCGACCACCCCUGCCAGCCUGAAGCGCAGCCCUUCUGCCUCCUCCCUCAGCUCCCUGAGCUCGGUGGCCUCGUCCGUGAGCAGCAAGCCCAGCCGGACAGGAUUACUGACUGAGACCUCCUCCCGGUACGCGAGGAAGAUCUCCGGCACCACUGCCCUCCAGGAGGCCCUGAAGGAGAAGCAGCAGCACAUUGAGCAGCUGCUGGCUGAACGGGAUCUGGAGAGGGCGGAGGUGGCCAAGGCCACGAGCCACGCGGGGGAGAUAGAGCAGGAACUAGCCUUGGCCCGGGAUGGACACGACCAGCACGUCCUGGAGCUCGAGGCCAAGAUGGACCAGCUGCGCACCAUGGUGGAGGCGGCUGACCGGGAGAAGGUAGAGCUUCUCAACCAACUGGAAGAGGAGAAGAGGAAGGUUGAGGACCUUCAGUUCCGUGUCGAGGAAGAAUCGAUCACCAAAGGCGAUCUUGAGCAAAACAGCCAGAUUUCUGAAGAUCCUGAGAAUACGCAGACCAAACUGGAGCAUGCCCGCAUUAAGGAGCUUGAACAGAGCCUGCUCUUUGAAAAGACCAAAGCUGACAAACUCCAGAGGGAGUUAGAAGACACUAGGGUGGCCACGGUGUCGGAAAAGUCACGUAUAAUGGAACUGGAGAAAGACCUAGCAUUAAGGGUACAGGAAGUAGCAGAGCUCCGAAGACGCCUGGAGUCCAGCAAACCUGCCGGGGAUGUGGACAUGUCGCUCUCCCUUUUGCAAGAGAUAAGUUCUUUGCAAGAGAAGUUGGAAGUCACCCAGGCCGACCACCAGAAAGAAGUGGCUUCUCUGAAGGAGCAUUUGGGAACCCAGGAAGAAACCUUUCAGAAGGAGAUGAGGAGUCUUCAGGCCACCACCGAGAAGCUCUGCAAGGAGAACGAGUCCUUGAGAAGCAAGCUUGAUCACGCCAACAAAGAGAACUCGGACGUGAUCGUGCUGUGGAAGUCGAAGCUCGAGACGGCCAUCGCGUCCCACCAGCAGGCCAUGCAGGAGCUCCAGGUGUCCUUCAGCAAGGGCGUCGGGACGGAGACGGCAGAGUUUGCCGAGUUAAAAACGCAGAUAGAGCAAAUGAGACUGGAUUACCAGCACGAGAUAGACAGUCUGCAGAGCAGACAAGACUCUGAACGGUCUGCUCAUGCUAAAGAGCUGGAUGCCCUGAGGACGAAGCUGCUGAAGGUCGUCAAGGAAAAGGAGGACAGUUUGGAAGCUCUCAAGUCCAAGCUGGACAGGGCAGAAGACCAGCACCUCGUAGAGAUGGAAGACACGCUAAACAGACUGCAGGAGGCCGAGACCAAGGUAAAGGAGCUAGAGGUACUGCAAGCCAGAUGCACUGAGCAAACCAAGGUCAUUGAUGAUUUUACAUCACAGCUCGCGGCCGCCAAAGAGAAGCUCUCGGAUCUGGACGCCCUUGAGAAGGCCAGUUCCGAAGGUAAAUCGCAAGUGGAGAUGCUUAGGCAGCAGCUCGAGGCGGCCAGGAAGCAGGUAGAAGCGUUAGAGUUGGACAGGGACGCCGAAAGCGGCAAGGCUAGUAGCAUUACCAAAGAGCUCCAGGGGAAGGAGUUAAAACUUACUAAACUCGAGGAGAACUUGAGUGAAGUCAGUCACGUGAAAGAGGCCUUGGAAGCAGAACUCCAGGUCUUGAAAGAGAAGUUUGCUGAUGCUUCCGAGGAGGCGGUCUCUGUUCAGAGAAGAAUGCAAGAAACUAUCAAUAAGUUACACCAAAAGGAAGAAGAGUUUAACCUGCUGUCUUCGGAAGUGGAGAAGCUGAGAGUAAACUUAGCAGAUAUGGAGGCCAAGUUCAGAGAGAGAGAUGAAAGAGAAGAACAGUUGGUCAAGGCGAAAGAAAAACUGGAAAAUGACAUUGCCGAGAUAAUGAAGAUGUCAGGAGACAACUCCUCCCAGCUGAGCAGGAUGAAUGACGAGCUGCGGCUGAAGGAAAGAUGUGUAGAAGAAUUACAGCUGAAACUGACAAAAGCCAAUGAAAAUGCGAGUUUUCUGCAGAAAAGCAUUGGAGAAGCAGCUCUCAAGGCCGAGCAGAGCCAGCGAGAAGCAGCCGGAAAGCAUGAAGAAGAGAAAAGAGAAAUGCAGCAGAAAGUGCUGGACCUGGAAAAGCAGGUGGAAACAAGCCACAGCCAGUGUCAGGACCUGAAGGCCAGGUACGAGAAAGCCAGCUCGGAGAUGAAAGCCCAGCAUGAGGAAGCCCUGCAGAACCUGCAGAAGAUGCUGCUGGACGCUGAGGAGGAGCUCAAGGCCGCCCAGCAGGAGAAGAGAGACUUGCAGCAGGAGAUGGAGGCGCUGAGGACACAAGCUGACAAGGCCAAAUCGCUAACUUAUUUGUUAACAUCAGCCAAAAAAGAAAUUGAACUAAUGUCAGAGGAGCUGAGGGGCCUGAAGUCAGAGAAGCAGCUUCUUGCUCAGGAGGGCAAUGCUUUAAAGUUAGAAAAAGGCUCGCUUUUAUCAAGGCUCGUAGAAAUGGAGGCCAAAAUAGCUUUGCUACAGGAAGAUCAGCAGCAGCUGUGGUCAGCAAACGAAGCUCUCAGCUCCGAGAAGGAAAAGGUCUUGGAAGCAAAGCAAGAUGCCGAGAAGUCCUACCAGCAGGAGUGUCUUGACAAAGAGGCUCUGGCUGUGGAACAAGAGAAAUUGAUCAAAGAAGUCAGUGCCGCCCGGGAAGAAGUGUUGAAGAUGAGCGUGGAGAAUGACUCUCUGCAGGCCGCCAGGGCGGGCCUGGAGGUGCUCGUGCGAGAGCUCCAGCUCAGCCACGACACUCUGCUGGCUGAGUCCAAGAGGGGUCAGGAAGGGACAGACCGCCUGGAGGGGCAGGUCCGGAAGCUGAUGACCGAGAACCUGGCCUUGACGAAAGACAAGGAUGACGUGAUUCAGAAACUGCAGAGCUCCUACGAGGAGCUGGCCAGGGACCAGAAGGCCUUGGUUCAGGAGAUUGAAGACCUCACAAAUGAGAAGAGAUCAGUCCUGGAGAGGCAGUCAGGCCUCGACAGCAUGUGCCUCACCUUGCAGGAGGAGCGGGACAGCCUGCUGCAGAGCAACAGGGACCUGCAGGUGGAGAAGGAUGCGCUGCUCCAAGGCCGGGAGAAGCUCAGCGCCAGCCUGGAAGCCGCCGUCCGGGUCAAGGAGCUGCUCAGUGCCGAGGCUGCCGAGCUGCGCGCCCAGCUAGACUGCGCUGGCGAAGCCCUGAGGAAGGCCGAGCUGGAGACCCGGCAGCUGCAGGCCAGCAACACCAGCCUCACCAAGCUCCUGGAGGAGAUCAAGACCAGUCGGGCCAUCACGGGCUCCGAGUGCACCCAGCCCCUGCAGGAGAAGGAGCCCCUGGCGGCCUCUGAGAGACGGCUGCUGGCCGAGGAGGGGGAGCUCCUGAGCGAGCGGCUCGGCGGACGCUCGGAAGAGGCCGCCCACACCGAGGUGAGCCUGAGCGACAAGAUCGCCCGCCUGGCGUCCGAGAAGGAGCUGGCGUGCCAGAAGCUGACCAGGCUGAAGAAGCAGCAGGAAGGCCUCUUGAAGGACAAAUCGGCCCUGGAGAAGCAAAAUGGCGAUCUACUCGCAGAGAGAGAGACUUCCAUCAAAGCCAUCGGAGACCUGAAGAGGAAAUACGAGCAGGAGUCGGCCCACAGAAGGCUCGCGGUGCACGAGAAGAUGAAGCUGCUGGCUAGCGUGGACGCGCUGAAGGAGGAGCUUCUCGAGAGGAAGAGGGAGAACCAGGAGCUGGCCUCGAGCAAGCGCGACCUCUCCCUGCUGCUGCAGGAGGCCCAGGAGGCCGCGAGGGGCCUGGAGAAGGAGCGUGGCGACAUGCUGCAGGCCAGGGAGCGUCUGGACGCGGAGCUGAAGGCGUGCUGCUGCGAGAAGAGCGUGCUGCUGCGGGACGGCCUGAACCUGCAGGACGAGUGUCAGAAGCUCACCGAGCAGAUCCACGCACUGCAACAAUCCCUGCUGUUGGAGCAGGAGGCCAGGGCCAAGGAGAGCGAGACGGCUCUGUGCGAAAGCAGCAAGCUGCAUGGGCGCCUGGUGCUGCUGGAGCAGGAGUCGGCCGGGCUGAGGGCGUGCACUGAGGAGCUGCAGGCUGAGAAGUUUGUGCUGUUGCAGGACAAGGCCCAGGCCGAGCAGAAGGUGGCUGAGAUCAUCAAGGAGAAGGAGCUCUUGAGCGCCGAGACCUCUCAGCUCGCCGCAAACAUAGAGACGCUGAAAAGCGACUUCACCACUUUGUCCAAGUCCAAGUCAGAGCUCCAGGAACUGCACAGCUGCCUCACCAAGAUCCUGGAAGACCUGCGGCUAAACCAUGAGGUGACCGUGGCAGAAAGAGCCCAGGUGGCUCGAGACAACCAGAGCCUGCUGGCCGAGCGGAGGGAGCUGAUGCUGAGGCAGGCCGAGCUCCUCAAGGAGAAGGAGACGCUAGAGGACAGCUACUUCGUCCUUCAGAAGGAGCUCAGCCAGCUGGCCAAGACCAACAGCCACAUCUCAGCCAAGCUCCUCGAGGCGCAGGCAGAGAACCGCACCUUGAGGAAGGACAAGAGCAAGCUGAGCCUUAAACUUAGAGAGCUCGAGACGCUGCAGCCGUUCACGGCGACACAGGUAACAGAAGACACCCUGCAGAUAAUGGAACAGAUGACCAAAGAGAAGACGGAAACGCUGGCCUCGCUGGAGGACACCAAGCAGACCAAUGCAAAACUGCAGAAUGAAUUGGACACACUUAAAGAAAACAACCUGAAAAAUAUGGAAGAGCUCAACAAGUCAAAGGAACUUCUGACUGUAGAGAACCAGAAAAUGGAAGAAUUUAGGAGAGAAAUAGAAACCCUGAGGCAGGCAGCAGCUCAGAAGUCCCAGCAGCUCUCAGCACUGCAAGAGGAGAACGUCAAACUUGCCGAGGAGCUGGGGAGAAGCAGGGACGAAGUCACAAGCCACCAGAAGCUGGAAGAAGAAAGAUCUGUGCUCAAUAAUCAGUUGUUAGAAAUGAAGAAGAGAGAAUCCAAGUACAUCCAAGAUGCAGACGAAGAGAAGGCUUCCUUGCAGAAGUCCAUCAGCAUCACCAGUGCCUUGCUCACCGAGAAAGACGCGGAGCUGGAGAAGCUGAGGAAUGAGGUCACCGUGCUCAGGGGAGAGAACGCCUCGGCCAAGUCCCUGCACUCUGUCGUGCAGUCUCUGGAGUCAGACAAGGUCAAACUUGAGCUCAAGGUGAAGAACCUGGAACUUCAGCUCAAGGAGAACAAGAGGCAGCUGAGCAGCUCCUCAGGUAACACUGAUCCUCAGGCCGAAGAGGAUGAGCGAGCCCAGGAGAGCCAGGUACGUAUUGAUUUCCUAAAUUCAGUGAUAGUGGACCUGCAGCGGAAGAACCAAGACCUCAAGACGAAGGUGGAGAUGAUGUCUGAGGCAGCGCUGAACGGAAACGGCGAGGACCUGAGCAGUUACGACAGUGAUGACCAGGAGAGGCAGUCCAAGAAGAAACCCCGCCUCUUCUGUGACAUCUGUGACUGUUUUGAUCUGCAUGACACGGAGGACUGUCCCACCCAGGCACAGACAUCGGAGGACCCUCCGCACUCCACGCACCAUGGCAGCCGCGGCGAGGAACGCCCCUACUGCGAGAUCUGCGAGAUGUUUGGGCACUGGGCCACCAACUGCAACGAUGACGAGACCUUCUGACGGAACCUCAGGCCAGCAUCGCGGGUGGGCGCACGCCCCGAGAACUCAUGCUACCUUGACCUCCCCAUCCCUCGACAAAUCUAAGAAAAUAUUUUGGUCUUCAACAAGUCGUCCUGUUAGUCUCCCCCUCCCAAGUUAGACUAAUAAACAUUGGGUAGGUGAGUUUUCACCUCUCCUGUUCUCUGGAUCUUUCAGUCUGGAGACAUGGCAGCAGAGGCCAUUACACCUGUUUGUCCCUAGAGAAACCUCACAAAGCAAUCCUCACCCCUACCUUAUUUAAAUACCUUUAAAUUAUGCCGUUAUUUUUCAUAUUUGCACUAAAAUAUUUCCAGGCUGCAUUUUUUCUUUUUCUUUUUUUGUAUAUUUAGAAGUUUGUGGGUUUUUUUAAUGAAUCUUUGACACUGGAAUGAGUUGAAAAAAACGUGCUAUUUUGCAUUUUCACUGACUUGUUAAUAAGUCUUUUAUUCCUAAUCAAGAAAAUAGCUGAGCUCUUUGCACUACCCGUUAUCUGUGGUGCCUUUUUAUCAGGCUUGACAAUGAGCAGGUAGGAUCGAAAAUCCUGAAGCAGCAGAGGCGGCGUGAGGACACUUGGAAGCAGGUGCCUGCACGCGCUCACCCCCCUCCUGGGCUGUUCUGCGUCCAUUUUGCAUUCUUCCAGCUUCCAUAUAGUAUUGUGUAUAUACAUAUAUUUUUAAAGAAAGAUCUAUAUUUUGGAACCAAAUAUACACAGCGUGUCUUUCUUUGCAGAUUUUUACGUUUAAAUGAUCUUCAGGAUACAAUAAACUAAGCCUGAAACAGCAUCAAGUGGCGUUGCAACUGUUUUCUUCCCUUUUGUUUCAUUUUGCUUAUCUAGGAGAAUUUUUUUUCUUUCUCUAGUACUAUCCGCAGAAGCCAAGCAGACCACUAGAAACACCAAACUUAAUCUACCGUCUUCCUUUACACGUUUUUAAAAACUGUAUUUUUACAUGAAUGUAUGAUGAGAAAUUCAACAACAGUUUUGGAUUUUCUUAUCACAAAAAAGUGAAGGACCUCAGUGAACAGGAGUGUUUAUCAACCAGUCUGAAUCUAUUUAUCUUUCUUUGAAUGUCUUCUCAAGUAUGUAAAAAUAGAAUGUAUCUUCCACGCUACAUGUACCAUAAGAACAGCUAAAACUGUAUAUAUACCUUGGAUGUAUUUUUCCCCUCCAGAUUAUCAACUGUGUGCUGGCUAAGUGACUAUUAAGUAAAUCUGUUCCCAGAUGAAACUUUUAGUUAUAAAUCCAAGAGGACUUGUUUCAGAAUCAAAACAUGAUGUAAAACAGUGUUAAAACUCAAGCAAAAAAAAAAGUGUUCUGUAUCCACUUUAAUAAAAGAGUAUUUUUUGUCAA